AUGAUCCCCACCGUGACCCGUAUCCUCCCCUCCAGGGUGUCAUCACCGCUCCUCCUGGUCACCAUGUUGAUGCUGGCGGCCGCCGGCCCUGUCUCGGGGUCGGACGCGGAGACGUGUUUCUCCAGACAGCAUCAGAACGCCACAGUGAAUGUCCGUCAGGCGCUGGCUCGACCAACCACCGUCAUGGACUCCAGAGUCGCCCAAUCAGAGAGAGACUGUGUUCUGGCCUGCUGCUCAGAGGACGUCAAGCCAGGUAUAACGUGCACCCUGGCUGUGUUCAACCCUCACAAGCCCUCUGAGCCUCCCAACAACCACAACUGCCAUCUGUUCCACUGCCAGAAUGAGCAGGACUGCCCCCUCCUGGCUGCUGAACAUGGCAUCAACACUUAUGACAUCUUCAAAGACACCCAGCUACCACCCCUCCAGCACCAACACCCCAUAGAGACCCAGCUACCACCCCUCCAGCACCAACACCCCAUAGAGACCCAGCUACCACCCCUCCAGCACCAACACCCCAUAGAGACCCAGCUACCAGCCCUCCAGCACCAACACCCCAUAGAGACCCAGCUACCACCCCUCCAGCACCAACACCCCAUAGACACCCAGCUACCACCCCUCCAGCACCAACACCCCGUAGACACCCAGCUACCAUCCCUCCAGCACCAACACCCCGUAGACACCCAGCUACCAUCCCUCCAGCACCAACACCCCGUAGACACCCAGACCCCAUCAGAACUACUGAAAGACUCCAGCCAGCACACCACCACCACCACCACCACCACUACUACUGCUGCUACCACCACCACUAUGACCCCAGCAGCCAUUGAGCCCCUAAACCCAAGGACAACACCAGAAAAGGAUCUGUUGCUGGUGCCCAAGGGGGUCCAGGCAGACCCAUUCUCCCCAGGGACAGAGGGUCAGGGCGGGGGGAAGGAGGUGGCAGGGCGGGGGGCUCUGAAGAGCUCCCUGGUGGCUGUAGUGGUGGUGGGCCUGGCCAUCCUGACUCUAGCCCUGGCUGUGGUGGGACGCAAGGCCAUGGAGUCAUUCGACCGGCGACACUACACCAGGCUGGAGCUCAACGACCUACACUAUGAGGUGUGA